AUGCCUGCCAUUGAGUUCGCCAACUCCCACGGGAGCUUUAUGCACCACCUCGUGUCAGGCUCCUACACGAACAAGACGCUCUUCCUGCUCGCAUUUGACACCAUUGCUAAGACCUUGACUCUGAACGCUACUGUCCCUGGCUUUGGUCUUCAUCAAUUUGUCACAAGCAAUGCUGCCAAGAACCGCGUCUACGCAACCGCCAUGAGCGAGCCUCCUCAGCUUUUCUCGUGGUCGGUUGAUGAGAACUACCAGUUUACUCAUCUCGACACGGUGAAUAUCACGUCUUCGUCUUGUUACUUCUCGGACGAUGGCAACUUGGCUUUCUCUUCUGGUGGCUCAACUGCUGCUAUCCAUGCUCUCACCGAGAAUGGCGCUAUCGGCGAGCAGGUUCAGGAACUUUACAUGGUGCCAGAGGAAGAGAUUGAGAAUGUAAACAAGACAAGAGCGGCUGUGCUCUAUGGCGCUCAUGCCUUUGACAUCAACGUCAACAGAAAGGGCUUUGUUCCUCACUUGGGCAUGAACUCCAUCUUUAUGUACGACAUUGCGGAAAACGGGACUGCCACGCCUCUGUCAAUCAACCUUAGUCCAACUGAGGGUGAUGGACCACGAAACUCCUAUUCUAGCAAGGAUGGAAAGCUCCUUUACGUGAUGACCGAACACAACCAGUGGAUGGAUGUUUAUAGAGUACUAGACACACGUCUCGAACAUAUCCAAAGGGCAAGUGCCAUUCCUGAUGAUGUGCGAGGCGUAUAUACUUUCCGCAGCAACACAGUCCAAAUGUCCCGCGACGGCACAUAUCUCUUCACCAGUACUCGCAGCUGGAACAACACCGAAGCAAAUGGCUACGUCGCGGCAUUUGCCCUCAACGAUGAUGGACUCCUGAAGAGCGAGAAAGCCGUGGCUUUCUACGAGGCACCUGUCACUCUUGGCUCUGCUGGUGGUCUCCGAGUUGCCCCUUGGCAAGACGAAACUAACAGUGAUCCCGACGGUAUCACGGACUACAUGUAUCUCAGCGAUACUUCUGAGGGCUGGAUGUUCAUUCUUGGUUGGACUCCUUCGAAUCAUACUCUUGAUGUUGUGGCUUCGCUGCAUUAUCCUGAUAACAGCACGCCUUACGAAGCAACCUGGCUUGAUUAG